AUGAUAAAGAAACCUUUUGUUCAUUUCUUUUUGUUAAAAUGCAUUACCGUGAUACUUUUCUUAUUUAUUAUUUUCGUUGACGCGUUUAAAGAAAAGAAGAGAAAUAAACCGAAACGUUUUCCUUUUUUUAUGCCGUUGAAUAUUAUGAAAUGUAGAAAAAAAAUGUAUCUAAUACGGAGUAAAAUAGGGCAUGGAAGAAAAAUAUUGGAGAAGAAGGAAAGGAUUUUCAGUUUAAAUAUGGAGGAAGAAUCAUUUAUUGAUAAGAAUGAACAAAAUAAAGAAUGUAGUAAUAAAAAUAUGGAUAUAAAUACCAUUCAUAAUUUUCAUAUGAACAAUAAUUUUGUAUCCAAUGAAAAAAAAAAUAUAUAUAUAUGUGAUAAUAUCCCAACUCAUUACAAUGAAUCGAACAACAAUAUGAUUAAUACUUUUACAAAUUAUGAUGAUAUAAAAAAAGAAUAUCUUUUAAAAAUUAUGAGUAAUAAAGAAACGAUAUAUGCCAAUAGUUCGGGUAACGUGAGAAGUGCUAUAAGUGUGAUAAGAAUAUCUGGUGCGUUGAGUAAAAUGAUAUUGGAAAUAUUGUUACACAAUGGAAAAGAUAAUAACAAUAAUAAUAGUAAUAAUAGUAAUAGUAGUAAUAAUAUUAAUAAUAAUAGUAGUAAUGUCACUUAUAAUAAUAUUACUUGUAAUACAUAUCGAGAAAAACAAUAUUUAAAAAAAAAUAAUAUUAAUGAUAUAUGUAACUUAAAAGGAAUCACAAAUAAUAUAUGCCAAUCAUAUAAUAUACCAUGUGGGGGGAAAAAACAAGGUGAUUAUAAUUUAUGUGAUAUAAUACAUAUGAGAAAAAAUAUGGAAGCAAGAAAAUUAUAUAUAGGAAAAUUAUAUGAUAAAAAUAAUGAUAUUAUUGAUAUAGUUAUGUAUAGUUAUUUUAAAGAACCAAAAUCAUAUACAGGUGAAGAAAUGAUAGAAAUUUAUUGUCAUGGAAAUAUGUUGAUCGUAAAAGAAAUAAUGAGUGCUAUAAAUAAUAUGAAUGAAUUAUUUUAUAAAAUAUUAAUUGAAGAAAGACAAAAUAAUAUAUAUUAUAAUAAUAAUAGUAUAAUAUAUGAUACUAAUGGUGGUCAUAAUAAUAAUAUUAUAAACGAUCCUAUAUUUUAUGAAAAAAUUAAUGAGUGUCAUAAUAACUUUAUAAAAAUAAGAGAAAGCUAUAAAGGGGAAUUUACUAGAAGAGCAUUUGAAAAUAAAAAAAUGAGUUUGCUACAAAUUGAAGGAUUAAAAGAAUUAUUAUUCUGCAAACAAAAAAUACAAAAACAAAUUGCAUUGAAUUAUAUGAAUGGAUAUGCAAAAAAUAUUUAUUUAAAAUUAAAAAACUUAUUAAAAGAAUUAUUAGUAUAUACUGAAUUAAAAAUAGAUUUUGAAGAAGAACAUAUAACAUCACCAAAAGAAAAAGAAGAAAUACAAAAUAUGCUUUUAAAAAAAAUAAGAGAAGGUAUUAAUCAUAUUAAUUAUAUUUUAAAAAAAAGUAAUGUUGAAGAUAUAUCUAAUUCUUCUGAUAUUUUAUUAUUUGGAAAUGUAAAUUCUGGAAAAAGCACACUAAUGAAUAAUAUAUGUAAUAAUGAUAUAUCUAUAGUAACAAAUAUUAAAGGAUCAACUAUAGAUAUAAUACAAAAAAAUAUUCAAAUUUUUAAUAACUCUUAUAAUUUAUGUGACUCAGCCGGAGUUAUAAAAAGUGAAAAAAUGAAAUAUGCUAAUCAAAAAACAAGCAAAAAAAAAAAUAUACAUAAAACACUUGAAUCUAUGGGUAUCAAAAAAACACUAUCCUUUUUAAAAAAUAAUUGCAUAUCUGCAUUUGUAUUAUUAAAUAUUAAAAACUACAAGAAGGAACUAAUAAAUAUAAUAACAAUUUUGAAUCAUCAUUUUAAAGUAAAGGAAAGAAAAAACAUCAAUGCGAUACAAAAUAAAACAAAAAAAAUGAAGAUUCCUUAUUUCAUUUUUUGUGUAAAUAAAUGUGAUUUGGUAAGUACAUGUGAAUUCUCAAAAAUAAAAAAAAAAAUAAAAAAUAAAAUAAAAAAAUAUUUACUAGCCAAUUUAAGUCCACACAUAUUAAAACGUUGUAGCAAAAAAAUCUUUUUUAUAUCAUCCAAAAAUGGAUAUAAUAUUGACACAUUACUAAAAUAUUUAAAUGAAAAAAUGAUUAAGGAAAGAAAAAUAUUUGAUCAAAAAAUUUCAGAAGGAAACAAUAUAAUGUUCUUACCAUUUGAAAGACAUAAAUUAUAUUUAAAAAAAGCUAUCAACCAUUUAUUGUUUAUAGAAAAAAAUAUACAUAAUAUGACCUUUGAUAUAAUAUCUGAAGAAAUUAAACUAGCUGUCAAUUCUUUAAAUAGUAUUAUAGGUACAAUUAAAAAUGAGCAAAUAUUAAAUAAAAUUUUGGAUAGUUUUUGUAUAGGAAAGUGA